CAGCAGUGGGACCUGCGGUCCCUGCUCGGCUCUCGCUUCUCAGUCUCCACAGCAGCGCUUGUUUUUCGGGGUCACUGUGCCGCCACUUCAACACUUCACGCGACCGGGAGAGAAAUUUAAGGGAGCGAAUUAAAGCCGGUCGGCUUCACGUGAAGAGCGCCGUGAACGCGCUGUGGACGAGAGACGUUUUUUUUUGUUGUUUUUUUUUUAGCGGAAGGAGAGACGGGAGAGACUUUACUUCCAACCAGCGUUGACGCCACUUUGAUGCAGCCGCUUAGCUAACAGGCUAACUGGGAAUGUUUGCAGAAAUUAGCCAGCCUGUUAGCUUGCUAGCUAGCUAAAUCGGAUGGAGUAAUUUUGCUGUGUUUGUGUCCAAACCGUUAUUAUAAUCUUUUUCUUUUUUUCAUUUAUCUUUCGGCACAAACUGUAAAAUAACCGUAGGAGCGUCUCGGGACCCGGUGUGUUGAAUAUUUAGUUAUCCAGUGUCCUCUUUUUGGUUUGCUAAUUUCCAGAAGGGACAAUAGUUAAACUAGGCAACAAGUCCCGGUUCACGCCACUUGUUUACACGUUACUCCAGAAGUUUGUAACUCGCUCUUUUUGUGUGCCAUGUUGUCAGUUACCAUGUGGUCCUAGUGAGCUAAACAUCAGCGGAGUGGAGGUGAUGUUGUACAAAGGAAAGUGUGUGGGGGGGCACUUUAUAACGGCAGCCACCCGUUUCUGAGUGGAUCGAGUCACCGUUGUGGAGGAGAAUCUGUUGUCAGCUAGUCGAUACAACAGUUGGGACGAGGAGGCGAAAGCGGACGAACAUUAUAAAUCGCCCACAUGCUUUGGAUCAGUUCCCGGACUUGUGAAAGGCAUCUGAAGCAGAAGGUGGGAGAAGUGAGCGCGCAGCCCUUGCAGCAGCCCGUGGGAAGAUGGCGGAGCGCUCCCGCAGGACGUGGUGAGAGAACAAAACUUGGGAGACUUCUCGGAUUUAUCGCCAGGCAUCUUAUCUCAGAUCGGAGGACACAUGCAGGCCAAAAAACGGUACUUAACUCUGUUCUCCGCCGGCGCGUGUCUCAUUCUGUUGUUUUGUUUUGGGGGGAUACAAGUCCCGCUCUCGCGGGGUGCCAGCCGGCGUGAUGACCGCAGCCUCGCCGGUUACCGUCCCGGGGCGCGGUGGCGUCACUUCCCGGGGUCCCUGCAGCCCUUCAGCCCCCGGGAGCAAGACGAUCACAAUGAGCACAUAUCUCCGAGACAGAAGCGGGACGCGAACUUGGGUGUGUACGGCGGAAAACGCUGCAGAAUGGAGUCCUGCUUUGAUUUCUCCAUGUGCAAGAAGAAUGGAUUUAAAGUGUACGUCUACCCGCAGCAGAAAGGGGAGAAGAUGUCAGAGAGUUACCAGAACAUAUUGUCCUCUAUUGAAGGAUCCAUGUUCUACACGCCUGACCCGGGACAAGCGUGCCUGUUUGUCCUGAGUUUGGACACUCUAGACCGGGACCAGCUUUCACCCCAGUACGUGCACAACCUGAAAGUAAAAGUCCAGAGCCUCCACCUGUGGAAUGGGGGCAAAAACCACAUCAUCUUCAACUUGUAUUCGGGCACCUGGCCAGACUACACGGAGGACCUUGGCUUUGACAUCGGCCUCGCCAUGCUGGCCAAGGCCAGCAUCAGCACCGAGAACUUUAGGCCCGGUUUUGACGUUUCUAUCCCUCUUUUCUCUAAAGAACACCCCAGGACAGGAGGGGAACGGGGCUACUUGAAACACAACACCAUACCCCCGUAUAGGAAGUACAUGCUUGUUUUUAAGGGGAAGAGGUAUCUAACCGGAAUAGGUUCAGACACUAGGAACGCUUUAUAUCAUGUCCAUAACUCUGAGGAUGUGGUCCUCCUCACCACCUGUAAGCAUGGGAAGGACUGGCAAAAGCACAAAGAUGCACGCUGUGAUAAAGACAAUGCAGAGUAUGACAAGUACGACUACAGAGAGAUGCUGUACAACUCCACGUUCUGUCUGGUACCUCGAGGACGGCGGCUCGGUUCUUUCCGCUUCUUGGAGGCGUUGCAGGCAGCCUGUGUGCCAGUGAUGUUGAGUAAUGGCUGGGAGCUGCCCUUCUCAGAGAUCAUCGACUGGAAUACGGCAGCCGUGAUUGGCGAUGAAAGGCUGCUGUUACAGAUCCCCUCAACAGUGCGCUCCAUCCACCAGGACAAGAUCCUGUCCCUGAGACACCAGACCCAGUUCCUCUGGGAGGCUUAUUUCAACUCUGUGGAGAAGAUAGUGCUGACUACACUGGAGAUCAUCCAGGACCGGGUCCUGCAGCACACCUCGAGGAGUAACCUCAUGUGGAACAGUCUGCCCGGAGGCCUUUUCACCCUGCCUCAGUACUCUACAUACCUGGGAGACUUCCCCUUCUACUACGCCAAGCUGGGUGUUAAGCCAUACACCAAAUUUACGGCCAUCGUUCACGUGGUGAGCCCGCUGGUCUCCCAGUCCCAGCCGGUCAUGAAGCUCCUCGUGGCCGUGGCCAAAUCCCAGUACUGUGCCCAGGUGAUCGUCCUGUGGAACUGUGACAAACCUCUUCCUGCUAAGCACCGCUGGCCUGUCACCUCAGUUCCUGUCAUUGUCAUAGAAGGAGAAAGCAAGGUGAUAAGCAGUCGUUUCCUGCCCUACGACACCAUCCCCACUGACGCUGUACUCAGUCUGGAUGAGGACACCGUGCUCUCCACCACAGAGGUGGACUUUGCCUUCACCGUGUGGCUGAGUUUCCCCGACCGCAUUGUCGGUUACCCAGCCCGCAGCCACUUCUGGGACGGCAACAAGGAGCGCUGGGGCUACACUUCCAAAUGGACCAACGACUACUCCAUGGUGCUGACCGGGGCUGCCAUUUAUCACAAAUAUUACCACUAUUUGUACACCACUUACCUUCCGGCCAGUCUAAAGGGCAUGGUCGACCAGAUGUCGAACUGCGAGGACAUUCUGAUGAACUUCCUGGUGUCCUCUGUGUCUAAACUACCACCGAUCAAGGUCACCCAGAAGAAACAAUACAAGGAGCCCAUGAUGGGACAGAGCGCCCGGGCAUCUCGGUGGGCUGACCCGGACCACUUCGCCCAGCGUCAGACCUGCAUGAACAAGUUUGCCAGCUGGUUUGGCACCAUGCCCCUGGUCCAUUCUCAGAUGAGGCUGGACCCGGUGCUGUUCAAAGACCAGGUGUCCAUACUGCGGAAGAAGUACAGGGACAUCGAGAGACUAUAACCUUCCAAAGAAACACGGAGCCUUCCCGUGAUUGCGUGGCCGGAUCAGUGGAGAAGCAAAUGGGACUGGGCACAUGCGGAGGAGGAGGAACCGGAACAGACGUGGAGGACGCCACAUGCGUGGCCGUGUCUCUUAUGUGUAUAGGUGGGAGAGCGGCGCACACACAGGUCCCACUACAGACACACAGGUCCCACUACAGACACGAUGAGUACCACCCACUGAAGGACCCCAGAGGGCAGCUCGGCCUUGAGCGGUCAAAGGCAUGAAGUUGGGAAGCGUAGCUUGCUCGUGUGUCCCAGCAGAGGCAAUCCACUCGUCUGCGCUGCUCCGUGCACACAGGUUGUUGAAAGUUAUCGACGAUUAGGACUAAAGAGGAUAACACUAUUUUGGAUUGUGUUUAGCUUUUCUUUUUUUCUUUUUCUUUUUAAUACAGUGAAUGAAUGGCCAGCACUUCUCUUUCUGUAUUGUCUUAAUUUUAAACCAAUAGCAGGUGGGCAAAGAGAGGAACGACAACCUGAGUUAUGAUCGUUGAUUUGAUAUUCACAGUGCCUCGAGUUUAUCUAACGGCGUUUGGGAGUCUGAGGAAAAGUCGUGGUGCAAAUUGAGCGUGUUUUUGCUUUUCUCAUGAUUGGCAUUAUAAUCGAUAGAAUAAUGGAUCUGGUAGUAAAUCCUUCAGGUCAGCAUUGCUUCUCUUGCUAAAGUAAAAUCCUGAUUUUUUUUUUUUGUUGAUUUGUAUUCAAUUGACAAACUGAAUAAUCAUUACGUGCCAUUCUGACUGUUUAUUCAUGGGCAAAACUACAACAGUGUCACACAACUCUCUUAUUUCCUUCGAGCAAGAAGUGAACAUGUGCUGGCCAGAAGAACAAUAGAAGAUCAUAGAUCACAAGAGUUGCCUUGGUUAAGGGAGGCCAACCCACGCUCGAAACUAAAGAAUGGAUCUUUUUUUUGGGGAGGGGGGGCGAAGGAUAUUUAUAUAUACGGCUAUUGUCUUCAUGCCAUACGUGUCGUCCAGUGACGGCUUGGGCAGUAGCCGGUGCUCGAGGCUUUUACGGUCCGAGUUGGCAUCAUGAUAAAUACACUACUGUGUUUUCCACACUUGUUUUGAACAAAUAUCUCCAGAUUGGCAAAUAAUUCUCUCCCAAGCAGUUGUGACGCUGUCAAAAGGGCACAGGGAAGACAUUUUUGGAUUUAAAAAAGAAAAAAAAGAAAUGCUCUUUCAUUUUUUUGGGGGGGGGGGGGGCAUUUCCUCAACACAUGUCAUUUGUAUCUGAUUUAUAACGGGCCAUUCAUCUCUGGGGGAUUCAGAUUGGCAAAGUGCGACGUGGCCUGGGACGAGUUCAAGAGGCAAAGUGUCACGGCAGGAGUCGGUGGAACACGAGGAGAAUUUCUAAUUUUUUGUUUUGGGGUUCCAAUUGACAGUCGUGUUUAUUUGUCAAAAAGACAAAAUGGUCGUUGUUGGUAAGCUACAUCUUCCUGUACCCUUCACCACAAUAUGUGCCAAUAGAUCAUCCAGGAUUUUCCCUUUUUUUUUUUUUUCAGCUCACACAAGGAUUGACAGGAAUUCCCCAAAACUAUUUUCUGUCUAUAUAUGAGAGAGAGAGAAAUGUGUGCGUGUGUGUGUGUGUGUGUGUGUGUGUGAGAGAAAGGAGCUGCAUGGUGUUUUUCACAGCUUGAUGGCAAAUAAACAAUCCUGGUAUGACGCAACGCUAUCGAGACAUCUGAAUUUGGUUGUGAACAGAAUCACAUUUCAGAAAUUAACUUGGUGCAAUAUUUUAGAUGACAAUUUUUUUUUUUGUCCCGAUCUUCUCCUUCUUUGUGUUGUUUCAGAGGGCAAGGGGGUUAUAUAUUGAUGUGCCUUCAGAAGAAAUACACUUAUUAGUUGUUGUUGUUUUUUUUUUGCCCCAUCUGCCUUGUGCAAGAAACAGGUCCCUGUUUUCACUAUUGUUUUCUUUGUCAAUAUCCAGUAACAUUUAACGGCUCCCUAAAUGAUUUAGUUUAACACUGGAAUGCUACUAAGACUCAUCACCACACAUCUGAUACCGACAUUCCUGCCUUUUCUGUUGUAGGAACUACAUUUCUGUUUUUACACGUACUGCCUUGUAUUUCUUUACUUCCUGGUUGUCACGCGUGUAGUAACGCACAUAAUUCAAUAAUUCAAUCAUACACAGUAUUUAUCAGACAGGAUCGCCUCCCGCUUCCUUCCUUCUCUUCUGUAACCCGCAGACCUAAUUUUCUAGAGAUUAAAAUGGAAAGAAAGAGGGGAAGGGGGGGUGCGGGACAACAAAUCCCAAUUUUGUAAAAGAAUUUUAUAAAA